UGUUGACCUACUUUGACACGAACCCAAGAAGAUCGCGUACUAGUACAUGUUCCGUCACCCAACCUACCGUAUCCACCCCAACGACAUUAUUAGCUGCGUAGUCUCAUAAAAGAAAUCGAGACUCUUUUUAAAAACACACUACCCAACAACACACCAUGCCAUUCCACAAAGAAUAUGCUGAUGGAUCUCCAAGACCCCUCUGUCGAGGAUGGUUGCAUGGAAUGGGUGCUCUGACCUCUGUCCCACUUGUCUACACACAUUGGAAUGACCUCCCAACACCCACUGUCCCUGCCCUUGUCGCUCUAUGCUGCUUGUUUGUGUUUUCCAGUUUGAUACACCUGGUUCCAUGGAAGUCAGUGGCAUUGGAGGAAAUCAUCACCCGAGUGGACAAGUCUUGCAGCCUGGCUCUUUGUGCAGCUUCAUUCAUGGCACCCCAACUGCUCGAGAGUGAGGCAUGCAAGCCCGAUUUUCUUUACUCCCUUUUAACAGUGGCAUUCCCCGUGGGGGUGGCAUUUGUUGGAAUCCUUUGUGGCAUUGGUCCAAUUGCCUUCACAAGCUUUCUCUUUCCCUUUGCCUCCACCAUUUGGUUCUACGGAUUGCAUGUAGAUGACUCACAGUUCUUCUAUGGUUCUGUGGGCUGCCUUGUUCUCUAUGGACUGGGAUUCUACCUUUAUGCAAACCAAGCAGGUGGACAUCAUCCCUUUUGGGGAUACCACGAAUGGUUCCAUUUGUUUGUCACCAUGGGCUUUGCAGUGAACACCAGAGCAGUCUUUGCAUUGAGUGACUACACUGAUGAAAUCUGCAGUGCUGGAAGCACAGUUGCAGACUCUGUGGGUCUGUUUGACGAUCUGUUGUGGUUGGGCAUUCAAUGAGAUGUUUGGUUACAGAAGAACAAAACCAUUGCGCCUGGGAAUAACUAGAAUAGAAUGGGGGCCACCAGAGAAACUGAAUUGUUUGGACGAGGAGGAAAGCUUUCAAGCCACGGCUACUGACUUUCUCAACAAAAGAUCUCCUCAGUCCAGCAACUCAUCUUUCGACUGGUUGAAUAAACGUAAUUUGAGUUUUGAAA